UCGUCGUCUUACACUUCCCACGGCGUUAGCUGCCGCAGCUCGGCCCCGGCCACGGCUCCGGUGCCGAAGCCCCGCGAGGGCUGCGCGCUCGGGCCGAUUCCUCGACAGCGCCGGCGGCGGCACUAGCCGCAACGGCCGUCUGGCCGGGAGAGCGGCCGGGCUGCGCCGGGCAGCACCCCCCACCCCUGUCCCACACGGUAGCGGGGAGGUGGGGGGAGCGAGGCACCCUCGGCCCGGGAUGUGGCAGCUCGGCGCCCGGGACCCCCCGCUGUGCGGAGUGAGAGAGGAGCUCCAAGUUGGGGAAAUCUCCUGUUCUUUCCUUUGAAAGGAUUUUCUACUUGACCUUGACUGGGGCCUGUUUAUCGCCGUACCUGCAGGCAAACUGUGGGCUACCGCGCCUGCGGGGGAAUUAGCCGUGUGUCCACCCGGACCUGGGGAAGAACCACCGGCAGCUGCCCAGCCCCUCCCCCUCCACCACUAUUUCGGAUACCCCGCAGGGACUUGUUUUGGGGUUCCCACUGACUUCCAGGAAGGACUCGUGCCCCUCUCUGACCCCAGCUCGGGCGGACACCUGUCUUUGCCCGGUGACCCUUCUCCCAUGACCCUGCGGUGCCUCGAGCCCUCCGGGAAUGGCGCGGAAGGGACGCGAAGCCAGUGGGGGACCGCGGGGUCCGCGGAGGAGCCGUCGCCGGAGGCGGCGCGUCUGGCGAAGGCCCUGCGGGAGCUCAGUCAAACAGGUUGGUACUGGGGAAGUAUGACUGUUAAUGAAGCCAAAGAGAAAUUAAAAGAGGCACCAGAAGGAACUUUCUUGAUUAGAGAUAGUUCGCAUUCAGACUACCUACUGACAAUAUCUGUUAAAACAUCAGCUGGACCAACUAAUCUGCGAAUCGAAUACCAGGAUGGGAAAUUCAGAUUGGACUCUAUCAUAUGUGUCAAGUCCAAGCUUAAGCAGUUUGACAGUGUGGUUCAUCUGAUCGACUACUAUGUUCAGAUGUGCAAGGAUAAGCGGACGGGCCCAGAAGCCCCCCGGAAUGGCACUGUUCACCUUUAUCUGACCAAACCUCUCUACACGUCGGCACCAGCCCUGCAGCAUCUCUGUAGACUCACCAUUAACAAAUGUACCGGUACCAUCUGGGGACUGCCUUUACCAACGAGACUCAAAGAUUACUUGGAAGAAUAUAAAUUCCAGGUAUAAGUGUUUCUCUUUUUCUAAACAUGCCUCAUAUAGAGUUAUCUCCGAAUGCAGCUAUGUAAAAGAAAACCAAAACUUGAGUGACUGCUCUGGAUAACCACGUGGAAUUCUAAGAACAGCUGAAGUCAAUCUAAUUUAAGCGUGUGACAAGGUAGCUAGGUAUUUAAAGUUGCCCCAGAUAUUUUCACCUGAGUGAUGCUUCCCUUCCCAAGGCAGACCAAGAUCCGUUGAUUGUUUUAAGUUAAAAAGAAAACGUCCCAAAUAAAGGCUGCAGGGACAUUUUGUCAGAAUGCUUUGCCUUUUGAGGUUCCUUUCUAAUAGGUCAAAGGUGCAACUGCUGGUAGUAGAGAAAGAACCCUACGCAGGAGUCCUGACAAAGUGGAAGGAACCAGACUAACACAGGCUUAACUUCAGUCUUAUAUGCCUGGUGAUAGGAACCUAUUUAAGACAUUUGGUAUUUCGCAUUCUGAUGGUCCCAGGAGUUUUAUUAAACAGCUAUGCUUGCGCGUAGUUAUCCUUCAUUUUAUGCAAUUAACCAAAUCAACCAAAAAAAGUGACCAUGAAAUCCUGUAUUUGACUUUUUACUACAUGUAUGAACUCUCUCAUGUGAAUGAGUACUGUAGUAAUCCAUUUUAAGGAAGCCUUAUUUCAGAUAUAUUCAAACUGGUGCAAAUGAAAAUGACUUUUGUCUUGUCCUUUAAGGCUAAAGACAAGAAUGUCAUGCUAUACAGGUGCAACUCAAUCCCUGUUAAUAAAACCAUGUAGAUAGAGAUAUUUUACCCUUUGAAGUAGCUGUGUCCCACCCUGUUGCCAUUGACUUUUUUGGGAAAUGGCUUUAGAAAUUUUCAAGUUGUCCUUAAAUUGUCUAACCCUGGACAUCAGCAGUUGUCUCCCUUCUACCAUGUAGAAUACUUUGACUUAAUUUCUUCCAGAUAUAGGGGGAUACCUGCCUGUUUUUCAAAGUGUUUAUUUACUGCUGUUACUAUUCGAUUAGAAUGUAUUAAAUAAAAAAACUUGACUUUUA